AUGUCAGGACGCUAUUCCCUACGAGCAACACCACGGAAAAAGGAGCUCUUCGAUGGCAUGAUAGAGACGACCGCUGCGAAGACGACACGCUCUUCACGACGCCAAACUUCGUUCCCGCCGGAGACAUCGGACGCCGAAAAUCAAUCACCCGCCCCGGCAUCUCCCGUCAAGUCAACCGCACGCACUCGCUCCGUCCGCCGCCGCGCCGUUGCCAAGUCUGAAGACGCCAGCGACGACGCCAACGACGACGACGAGCCGGUGCAAGACUCCGUCGAACCUAAAGAGACCACGCCCGCCAAGUCUAGCAGCACCAUGGCAAACGGCAAGACCAAGCCCGCUAACGGCGGCGCCGAGUCGACGGCACCCGAUGCCACGACAGACGUCAAGGUUAGCGUCGUUGACGGCUGGAAGCCCGGCCAGGACCCCCGCAUCGACUACUCGGGCGAAUUCGAGUUCGGCGGCUCUGUCGGCACCCUGUCUAUGAUGCUCUUCUUCCCCGUCCUCAUGUGGUACAUGUGGGUGGGCGCCACCUACUAUGACGGCAAGUUCCCGUCGCGCGAACCCGGCAUGAGCUGGGCCGACUUUGGCCGCCACCUCGUCGGCCUCGUCUACACGGGCGCCUUCCCUCACGCCCGCGCCUGGAUCUGGUACUGGUCGUACCUCGUCUUCGAGGGAGCCUGCUACUGCUUGCUCCCCGGCGUCUGGGGGUAUGGCAAGCCGCUGCCCUUCCUUGGUGGCAAGCAGCUGCCCUACUUUUGCAACGCCUACGCCAGCUUCUACUUCACCUUCGCCGUCCUCGCCGUCCUGCACGUCACCGGCAUCUGGCCCAUCUAUACCGCCAUUGACGAGUUUGGCCCGCUGCUGUCCGUCGCUAUCCUCAGCGGCUUCAUCGUCGCCUUCGUCGCCUACUUUUCCGCUCUCUACCGUGGCAAGCAGCACCGCAUGACCGGCUACCCCAUCUAUGACUUCUUCAUGGGCGCCGAGCUCAACCCCCGCAUGUUCGGUAUCCUCGACUUCAAGAUGUUCUUCGAGGUCCGCAUGCCCUGGUACAUCCUGCUCAUCCUCAGCCUCGGCGCCGCCGCCCGCCAGUACGAGCAGUGCGGCUACGUCUCGCCCGAGGUCGCCUUCCUCGUCAUGGCCCACUACCUCUACGCCAACGCCUGCGCCAAGGGCGAGGAGCUCAUCAUCACCACCUGGGACAUGUAUUACGAGAAAUGGGGCUUCAUGCUCAUCUUCUGGAACCUCGCCGGCGUUCCUCUCUCCUACUGCCACUGCACCAUCUACCUCGCCAACCACGACCCGGCCGAGUACCGCUGGAACCGCGCCGCCCUCGCCCUCUUCUACGCCGCCUACCUCUUCUGGUACUGGGUCUGGGAUAGCUGCAACUCGCAGAAGAACCGCUUCCGCGCUAAGGAGCGUGGCAAGCUCGUCGCCCGCAACACCUUCCCCCAGGUCCCCUGGCAGACCCUCGAAAACCCCAAGGUCAUACGGAGCCCCGAAGGUACCAUCCUCAUCGACGGCUGGUACGGCAUGGCUCGGAAAAUUCACUACACGGCCGACAUUUGGUUUUCCAUGUCCUGGGGCCUCAUCACCGGCUUCAACAGCCCCUUUCCCUGGUUCUACCCCGUCUUCUUCCUCUGCAUGAUUGCCCACCGCGCCUCCCGCGACAUUCACCGCUGCCGUCAAAAGUACGGCGAAGCUUGGCUCGAGUACGAGAGAAGGGUCCCAUAUCUCUUUAUCCCCUACGUCUUUUAA